UCUAGGGUCAGAGGUCGGAGAACAUACAUUUCGGUCGAGCCCGAAACAGGGAAAUUCUAAAAAGCGGAAAAAAUCAAGGGAAUCAAUCACUGACGUCAUCAUUUUGCACGAGGCGAACGAGAAUUUCGGCUUCUCGUGGUGCAGUAACAGUAUUUCCAUCAUAAAUUAGAAAUAGUGAUACAGUCAAUACAAAAUGGAUGCUGUGAAAUCCUUCAAUGAUGAGCUUUCAAGCAUCUACGAGACAAAACCCCCAGUGUCUCGAGCAAAGAUGACAAUCCUGACUAAGAAAGCAAUAAAAGGAAUCAAGUUCUACAAACACAUCGUACAAAGUAUGGAGAAAUUCAUACAAAAGUGUCGACCGGAAUACAAAGUUCCCGGACUCUAUGUGAUAGACUCGGUCGUUCGGCAAUCAAGACAUCAGUUUGGUCAGGAGAAAGACGUCUUCAUGCCGAGACUGUGCAAAAAUAUUCUCGUCACCUUCAAACAUUUGUAUAAAUGUCCACAAGAGGAGAAGCAACGGAUUAUCAGAGUCCUGAACCUCUGGCAGAAGAACAAUGUUUUUCCUCCUGAGAUCGUCCAGCAGUUGUUGGUCAUGGGUGGGGCCCCCGUACCCGAUGGGCCGGCUUCAUCUCAGCCCCCUGCCCCGUUAUCAUUGCCCCAACUUGCAGACGUAUCCUCCAUUGCAAUCGGAGAGUCAACAGACACAGGUUCCCUCACAAACAUGCUGGCUCAACUCCUGGCGAAUCCUGACAAUCCACAGAUUCAACAACUGACAGGAAUGCUCUCAAACUCACAGCAGGCUCAACUACAAGCCCUGGUCAAUCAAGUCAAAGGACAGCAGGAUGAUACGAAAGGGGAAGCCCCUCAACCAGUCUCAUCCUCCCAUACUGAACCCCCAACAAUGACACAGCGGCCCCCUCAACCCUCACAUCAAGCAUCUGUGUUUGAACCUCGCCAGGACAACAGGCAGCCACCAUUUCUACAUUCACAGGCCCAGGAAAGCAACGUUCCAUCUCGGCCUUCAUUUAACCGAGCCAUUCUGGAUUAUGACUACAGCGACGAUGAGUCUCCGAAAUCACAAGAACAGAACAAACAUAGGCCUGGGAUAGAUAUGGAUCUACUUGCCAAGUUGCCCACUGUGGAUCAGCUCCAUCAAAUAACAGGAGAACAGGUUCCUAAUGGCAACGAUUCGUUUCCAAGACAACACCAGGAAGACAGGUUACCACGGCAACACGAGGAUGACGACAGGAGACGUAGAUUGGAGCAGGAACAGGAAGUUUUCAAUAAACAGAUACAACAGUUAUCUUCAGAAUUUGGGGAAGGUGAAAGGUCAUCUCAAGAUGACAGAAGUUCAAGGUCAACCAGUAGAAGACAAAGGUCAAAGUCACCUAAGAAGAGAUCAAGGUCCCGCGAUCAUCACCGGCACAGAAGACGAAGCCGUUCCAGGUCUCGAGACAGAAGUAGAAGGUCCCGACGGUCACGCUCUCGGGAUCGUCACAGAUCACAUCACAGGAGAUCAUCAGACCGUGACAGAAGAUCGGCAGACCGUGACCGAGAGCAUAGAGACAGAGGAUUGCCGCCAAUACGGGAUGGAUUCAUAAGCCUUUGUUCAAAAACUCUUUGGAUUGGGAAUUUGUCGUCAAAGGUUUCACAGCAGGAACUCAGAACAGAAGUUGAAAACCAUGGGAAGAUUGAAUCCAUAAAUAUGAUACCACCUCGAGGAUGCGCGUAUAUAUGUAUGGAGAAACGGGAGGAGGCCGCAGCAGCCCUGCAGAAGCUGAGACACAUUAAGAUACAUGGAAAGUCUUUGAAAGUUGAUUGGGCUCCUGGUAAAGAAGUGAAAGAAGAAUUCAAGGAAUUUUGGUCAAAGGAGUACGGCGUGAAUUAUAUCCCGUUAUCUAGAGUUGUGGAUCACUUGGUGGCGCUAAGACAUCAAGGAUUUAUUGACAUUGAUUCCGUUCCGGAAGAAAAAAGAGUCGAGCUUUCCCAAGCUGCUGAAAAUGAGGUAAAGGAAUCAGAAGUUGCUCCAACUGCUGCUAUGGCAACAGGUGUACCAAUGGCACCAAUGCCUGGCGUUUCAAUGGUGCCUGGUGGCAUGGUCCCGGUGCCAGGGACACAAGGCGGCAUGGUGACGGGACCUGGUGGUAUGCCAAUAAUGAUGAGACCAGCGUUUCCGUUCCCUGGAAUGGGACAGUUUGCCCCACAGCAGAGGAUGCCAGGAUUCCAGAUUGCACCGGGAGGCAUGGCACCACGUCCUACAAUGAGGCUUCCCACUCAAGCCACGGCUGUUGAGGCACCGAGCCCUCAGAAACAUGAAGUGCCCACUAGUGGCAGUAGAACACCAACGAUGGACGAGAGGCAAGCUGACGGAGCUCAGAAAGCAGCAGCAGUAGCAGCCAGCAUCAUGUCUACAGUCCAACCUCAGCUACAGGCCCAGCAAAUAUCAAUGGCCCAACCUCGCUUCCAUGGACCGGUGCAGAUUCGUAUGAUGCCGGGCGUUCACCCCCACUCCCCCCAAGUAAUGCAACAACGAAUUGGAAUGAAUGUCAUGCCAAUAAGGAUGGGAAUGCCGAUGCAGUUCAGACCUGGGUUUGCAAGGGUUCCUAUGAUGCCACAUCCAUUCCAACCUCAGCCGGGGAUGCAAAUGCAAAGGAUGGGGCAGAUGAUGCCAUCUAUGCCUCAAGGUGCAAUGCAUCUACAAGGCCCCAUGGGUUUAGGGCCACCGUUUCCAGGGCAACAGCAACCCCCGGAACGGCCCCCACUGGAGGACGACGGAGUGAUUGUUGAGGAAGAAGUCGUGCUGGAGGAUCCAGAUAAAGAUGAGAAGCUUGGAGAUAAAACCAUUGAACUGAAUGGUGGGAAGAGACCUCCCCAACCCGCAAUAGAAGUUAGGCUCCCUCCAGUGGACCAUCGACGUCCUUCGGUCGAAGACAGAAUUCGUAUGGAUGAGCGACCACCAAUAGAGAUACACGACCGUCCCCCAGGGUUCCGCAUGGAUGAACGCCCUCCACCUGGAUACAGAAUGGAUGAUCGGGGCCCUCCAGGUUUUCGCAGAUCCCCCCCGGGGAGGUUUGGAUUUGAUGGACGUCACCCUCCAGUGGAUGGACCACUCGGCGGACCAAGAUAUCCUGACAGAGAAAGAUUCCCAGACCGAGAUGGGAGAGAUGACAGACGCAGAGAUGAUAUGAGACGCCGAGACAGAUCGAGGAGUCGGGAGAGAGAUCGGCGAGACAGAGGAGGGAUGAGGGACAGAAGAUUCGAGAGAGAUGAUAGAGACAGGUUCAGAGAUGGAGGUGGCCGGGGGAGAGAUAGGAUGGGGGGCCGUGGAAGAUUUGCAGGUCGGGAUGAUUUUGGUCGAGGGGGUCGUGGGGGGUUCGGAGGUUUCGGACAUCGAGAUCAAUUUGAAGAAGAAGUUGAUGAAGAGGAUAUGGAAUAUAAGAAAAAAAGAGACGAGGUUCUUCGUCAACGCCGUGAACAGGAGGAUGAAUAUGUUGUAGAGGAAAUAGAUUUUUCUGCGUUUGGACUUCCAACAGGCUUCGGGCCGCCACCAUCGGCCGAACCUGAACCGGAGAAAGAAGACAGGGGAGACAGGAGGAGGGACAAAGAUCGUGAUGAUGACCGCCAUCGCCGUGACGAUCGUGAUCGGCGUGAGGACAGGAGUCGUCGUGACGACAGAGACCGGCGGGACAGAGAUAGAAGAAAAGAUGAUCGGGAUCGUCGUGAAAGACGCAGAAGUAGAGACAGAGAUCGAGAUGAGGGCAGUAGAGAGAAACGAUCAGACGAAGAUCGAACGAGAAAAUCAACGGAUGAACCGACUGAAAGUAAACGCAGAAAACUUGAAGAUGAAACGGAACAAACCCCGACACCUGCCGAGAAAGAUGGGCAUGCUCCUUUAGCUCCAUCUGGUGACCAGUCCCCAUCAAAAAUCUCCGCUUCGGAAGAUCGUUUACCCGCGGAUAAGCGCGGGGAAGCCCCUGAGCUCACUGGUGAAUCUGAUGCAGCUCAUGAGCAAAAUGAUGAUUUACAAGCUCAUGAUGAUUCUCAUGAGAAAAACGACCAAUCGCAACCUGCUCAUGGUGAAAGUGAUUUAUCUCAUGAGCCCACAGGACAGUUCACAGAAGCUCAUGAGCCUUUAGAUGAAUUUGGUGCAAGUAAUGAGCAAAAAGUUGUUCAGGAUUCCCAUGAGCCAAAUUAUGAUCAUCAAAUUCACGAUGAAACAUCCCAUGAGAAUGAACAAUUUCACGAAAAUGAGAAGGAGGAAAAACAUGAUGAACUUGACCAUCAUGAAUCCAAUGACAAUUCUCAGGAAAAUAACAGUAAAUAUGCUCAUGAGCAAGUCACAGAUGAGCAGGAUGAGCUGCAUUGCAAAAUCACGAAUCCAGAUCAUACAGAGGGGGUAGAAGAACAAAAAAUGAGUAAGACACCACUUAGUGGAAUACAAGAUGAUACUCCUCAACCAGAAGAAGUCGCUAUGGAGGAGUAAUCCCUGCCACCAUGACUUUACUUUCAUUUUCUCUUCAGUGAAUAUAUUGACUAAUUUAUGUAAAACCAUCAAUCCAAUCAGGGCUGCCACCCUUCAUGGUUAUGAUUUAUUCCCUUAUCUUUAGUUGGAAUAGUUUUUUACGAUUCUGCUGUGUCAUCAGCUUUUCUCCUCGCAAAUUUUGGAGUACUCUGUACGACUCCCAAGUCCCCAACCAUGUCCUUUCAAUCUGGAACAGAAGGAUGGCUUUUUAUUCUUAUACUCCACCUGGACGAGAGGGACCAGGCAGUUCAUCAUCGAGCCGUCUACAUUCAAAACAAAAAUAAGCACAAGUCGUAUUCGAUCAUGCAAUCCAAAAACGUCAGUCUUUUCGACUCUCCCUCUCUAUUUCAACUCUCCCCCAGACCUUCACUUGGUUCCCGCACAGAGAAGUCAAGACGACACGACGAGAUGCCGGUAGUUUGGAUGAUCGAGCCAUGUACACUCGCCCUAAACUGUAUUCACUCAUGCAAUACAAAAACUUUGGUCUUUUCGUCUCUCAAUUUUUCCAAAUUCACCCCGAAGUUGAUAUAGUGUCAGCACCGACAAAAUGAAGAAAGUCUCAACAUCCGCAAAAAGAAAUGUAUUGUCUCUGAUAUACCAUGAGCUGCAUUGAAGCUUGCACCAUAAAAGGUUGUUCUCCUUCCUACCUUGAGAUCGGAAACAAAUGGGAAUAAUAAGAUCAAAGUAUUCAAGCAUCAAAUUUUAAAACCUCAACUCACUUUCCUCUCUUCCUCACCCCAAGUUGGGAAACAUGAAGGAAAUAUAAAGCUCUAAUAUCAGAGAACGUUUAGUUCAAAAUCUUCGCAUGGAGCAGAUUCACAAGCGCACCCUAGUUUAUGGUACAACAUUCCAACCACCGUCAGGACUACAAACUAUUCGAGUUUUCGAACUUAUUUGCGAAGUUAUGAAUUAGAGACAGUCAUGCAUUGUUAAUCAUUCCUGGACACGAUGGCAGAUGACGCUACAAAGCCUUGUAUGAAUUCAUUAGAAUUUUCGGACAUUUGUGCAAAAUCUGGGAAUGUUAUUAUGCGACUCUAAUGCAAUCUUUCAGUUCAAUUUUUUAUUUGUUUUUAUUCCCAUUCUGGCAGAAAUGUUUCACGGUUUUAGAAUGUCGAAACUUUUUUUUUUUCUAGGUGCUUUUGCUAUGAACAAGUCUCCAGACAAGCAAUCAAUAUUUUUCAAAUUGCAUGUUUAUUUCAUUUUUCUUAAAAAAUGCUAUAAGGAAUGAUACUACUCUUUUUUAGAAAUUUACUAGAUUUUUAAGAGCCACCCAUGGAUGCCUUGAAUCCCACCCCACUAUUGUUUUUCAAAUUGUAGAUUGUUGGAAAUUUUGAUUACCAACGUUGUGUAACUUUGCAAUGGCUGUAUUCAUAUUACUUCAAAAACGGCUUUUUUUUCUCUCUCCCACCUACCUGCUUGUCUGGAGCCAUCUUUAUAAGUAGACCUAGAAAAUCUUGUAGGAUAAUUUCUGCAUCAGUAUUGUGAAAUAUUUUUGCCAGACCCAAAUCACUGUGCCCCUCUGCCGCUAUUUUUGCUGCCUUAGAAUAAAUUUUUAUGCAGAUUUUUAAUCUCUGUCUAUUUGAGGCAGUUUGAAAAAAUCUUGAGAGGCAUUUGGGGGGCGGUAACGACUUUCUGUGAAGCCAUAAUGGGAACUGUAACAACUUUCUAUGAAGGCAUAAUGGAAAAUAUUACAUAGAUGCAUAAUUGAGCCAACACUGGGAAUAGCAACCUGACGAGAGGCUGUAAUUCGCCAUAUUAUCAGCUUUCCUCUCUCCAUAGAUAACCCAUGAAAACCUACUUUUUGAUUUCAACAAUCUGAGAGGAAGUCUCUUCAUUUUUAUAUCAUUAUUUGCAUGCUACUAGGCCUUAUACAUGAUUGCUUUCCACCGUUGGGGGUUGAUUAUCCUGGUUUAUUUGUUCAUAAACGUUUUUGCAGAAUUUAUAUUGUGACGUCAAAAUUUUGUUGUCUGCUAGGAUCAAGCGCUUAUGACGUGGACAAUUUCUUCACAACGGGAAGGCAAUCAUGUCAUCUGCUAGAUGUUUAUAUUACACAUGCUUGCUCGGCAAAUGGCUGGAGCGAAGAUGGAGUCCUGGCUAAUGUCCGGGUGAAAACAUCGGGAUAAAGGCCCAACAAAUAGUUGGUGAAGAUCUGGACAUGGAACUUUGGACGACCGGACAAUUAAACUCUUAAAUCUUAAUCGGAGACUUGAGGGGUAGUCUGUACAUAUUUUUGAUUUUUCUUGUGCUAAUCCUAUGGGCUAUACUAGUAGUCUUUGAAACUAACUAGCUAGUUAUUCCCACAUCCAAUGGGGACUGAUAGCAAGCAAUGUAUGAGGGCAUAUACUCUUAGACUUGCUAUCGACACUCCUUGGAUGAAUAUGGACGGUCUGACCUAGUUCGUCUUCAUGUUUUCUUGGCCCAAUAAUGGACGAUUUAUCAGGGCAAGCUUGAAAUUGGGGAAUUAUGCUUUCGUCGAUCGUCCAUAUUGUUAAGGAACGAAUGAGAAAUAAAUACCUUGAAUCAAGGUGAGGUGAUUGCUCCGGGCGAGCGUAUAUUUCCAAAAAUGAUAAUUUGAAGCCUCUCGGGCUUGGAUAAAUAUGCCGCAAUGGAAUCGUGUUUCCCUGCCGAGGCGCAUUUUGCGUGAAUCACCAUGGCAACCAUGUAGUAAUACCGGCGGGAAUUUUCUCUAUUGCCGCUCGCAGAAGAUGCGAAUAAAAGGUGCCAUCCCGCUAUUGACCACCACUAAUUUUACUCUCUGGUUAAGAUAAAUCAGCUUAAGCAGAAAGGCUGGGCGAACAUGCUAACCUGAUCAGUCUGGUUCUAUCCCUGACCUGUGCAGACUACGGCCCGCAGGCCGAAUCCGACCCGUUGAGUAUUUUAAAAUGACCCGCCUGAUGCUGUCACAGCCAAAUCCAAAUUUGGUGUUUUAGCUGAAAAAGAGCUCAAAGAAUUGUUGAGGUUGCGAUUGAAUUUAGUUUAGCACACGGCUUAUUGUUGUCCACUUUUGUAACGCUGUAAAUAUUUCUCAUGAAAUGUAACUUUUCACGCCACAACUACAUGGCCCGCCAGUCUAGGUGGGCAAAAGUUUCGGCCCCAGGUCCAAAAACCUUGCCCACCUCUGUUCUAUCCUGAUAUUGUCCCAUCAGUAAUAUCCUAAUUUGUUUAUUUUGAUGGAGAUGGGCUGGUAACCUUACUAUUUUAGUAGUAUUCUGUUAUUUUCCCAAAGCCUUUUUAUAUUUAUUCUGUUCGUCUUCGGCGCGUUAUUCUCGCAUUUUCAACCAUGGACGGAUUGGAUAAAGAAAACUGACCAAAUAACAAUUUGUAAUAAUCACUCAAUGACUUGCAUCGACCCUCCAAGUUUCGAAUAUAAUUAAGCCAAGAAAAAUUUGAAAUUCAAGAUAUAUUUGUGCGGAUUGCUGCCCCUGAGCUGAGAAUAUUCUGGUCUCUUACCUAAUUUCUUUGGCGAUAGGACGUUUACAGUAAAACCACCGUUUCGUGAUAUUGUGUUUUUUGCAGUCUGUGUCAUGCAUAUGUUUGAAUCAGCUAAUGCCGUUGGUAAUUUUGGUGUCGUAUGUACAGAUUAUACUUGGAUAUUGUUGCUGUUAUAUCGUGCGUAGGUGUGGCCGUAUUUGAAUUUUUAAUUUGUUACGAAUUAUGUGUGGCCGUGCUUGUAAUAUAUUUUGUCCAUAGAUGAUCCGUGCUUCAUUGUAAAUAUUCAUAGCUUAACAAAAAUGUAAAUAAAUUCAAGCAAUCGGUUGA